AUAAGCAGUAUAUUAACCUGCGUACAAAUGCGAAUUCGCACAGUACAAAAAAAAUGAACAUACGUUACUCGCCUGUUCUUUUUCUGAUUUUAUCAGUGAUUGCUGGCACUGGUAAAGCAGGCUUGACGAAACGAAAUGCUCGAAGCACUGUUGAUAUCAGCGAUGUUCCUUAUGUGUCGCAAAUCACAGACUCGGAUGGGAAUAUAAUUUGUACUGGAGUUAUCUUAAAUUUUCUUUAUAUUCUGACAACAGCUGGUUGCGCUCACGAUCUCUCGCCAAAUGAGAUAAAGAUAGUAGUAGGAUCAUCAGGCUUGAACAAUGGAACUAAAUAUAAUGUAAAAGAAGUAAUUACACAUGAAGAUUUUAAUCCCUUAGAGGAGGAUAACUCUAAUGAUAUAGCAUUAAUAAAGCUGUCAAGGUACUUGAGAUACAAUAAAAAGGUGAGACCAAUCCCAAUACCGGAAAUCCAAGACGACGAGAAUCCAGUCAACUCGGAUGACAUCACUUCGAGCAGAUGGAGUAUACUGAAUUCUUUAAAGAAAAUCAAACAAAAGAUAAUCGACGCAUAUCAAUGUAAAGCGAGCUACGAACUUUUAGGUAUAACAAUUGGCAGUGAUGUCUUUUGUGCUGAAACAAUUCUUUCGAAUGUUGACACAGUCGACGUUAUUGAUACACCGAUUGACAGAGGAUCGCCAUUGGUGCAGAAAUCGAUAUUAAUCGGUUUAAAGGUAAUGGGCAUGAUGAAUAAACCGGAUAUCUACAUAUCGAUUUCAAAAUUUGUUCCUUGGAUUGAAGAAAAUAAUACUGAUUAUUAAGGACUCUGACGAUGGCUGCUUAUUGAAUUACGGACGUUCAGAAAAAUUGUAUUGAGGUUAUACUAAUUUGUUUUCUGCUUCGAUUGAUCUAAAUACAAUAUCGCAUUAUUCAAAAUGAUAUUUAUUUUUAAAUAAAAUGUAAAACGUCA